AUGAGGAUGCCCCGAGGAGGACGCCUGUUUCUGGCGACGUGCCUGGGCUCUCUCGUGGUACUGGUGCUUUAUUACCAGAGUGUCGGAAAGCUUGAACCCAGUGUUGGGACAAGCAGCAGUCCAAAGAAAAGCAGUACUCCAUUGCAGACCCUUUACAGUGGAGACCAGCAACUGCAGCUGUUGGCGGAUCAGAAGUCGCUUCAGGGUCGCAGGGAAUUGAUGGAGCAGGCUUGUCUGAGUCACACAAAGAAGCGGCGGGUACUUUCCCCCGAAGAUCUCAAACACCUCAUUGUGGAUGACAAACACAACCUCAUUUACUGCUAUGUACCCAAGGUCGCCUGCACCAAUUGGAAGCGCGUCCUCAUGGUUCUCACCAGCGACGGCCGCAUCACCGAACCCCUCGCCAUCCCUGCCAACGAGGCCCACGUGGCCGGCAACUUGCGCACACUGUCGGAGUUCUCGGUCUCCGAGAUCAACCGCCGCCUCCGCAGCUAUCUCAAGUUCGUCUUCGUGAGGGAGCCUUUUGAACGCCUGGUGUCGGCCUACCGUAACAAGUUCACCCGCAGCUACAACACGGCUUUCCACAAACGCUACGGAACAAAGAUCAUCCGGCGGCACCGGACUCACCCAGACCCGGACGCUCUGGAGAAAGGUAACGACGUGGCUUUCCAUGAGUUUGUCCAGUAUCUCGUGGACCCAAGGACCCAACGUGAGGAGCCAUUUAAUGAGCACUGGGAGAGGGUACACUCCCUCUGCCAUCCGUGUUUGAUCCACUAUGAUGUGGUGGGUAAGUAUGAGACGCUGGAGGAGGACGCCCGCGCUGUGCUCUCGUUGGCAGGGGUGGAGGACACGCUUCAGUUCCCAACGUCCGGUAAAAGCACCAGGACGGAUGGCAACAUGGCGGCACGCUUCUUUAAGCACAUUAGUCCCUUUUAUCAAAAGAAACUGUUCAACCUCUACCGUAUGGACUUCCUGUUGUUCAACUAUUCAACACCGGAAUAUCUGAAAACUUGA